UAUGUGUUCUGAGGCACACGUUGACCACUGGGCCUCCCAGGGCCCUGGACUUUGUCUGUCUGCAGACUUUGCCCUGCCUGGGCCAGCCGGGCUCUGGGUCAGCAUGGCUGGCUGCGUCUUGCUGCGCCGGGGCCCCCUCCUCGCCUUCACCCUCACCCUUGUCCUGCACCAGGUGGAGCUUUCAGUGUUUCUUCCGGCCUCGGAGGCACACAAAGUUCUGGUGAGAUGGAGACGUGCUGGUUCUUAUCUCCUGGAAGAAAUCUUCGAGGGCAACUUGGAAAAGGAAUGCUACGAGGAAAUCUGCAAGUACGAGGAAGCGAGAGAAGUGUUUGAAGAUGAUGCCUUGACUGAAAGAUUCUGGAAACAGUAUAAUGGUGGUUCCCCAUGCGUCUCCCAGCCCUGCCUCAACAACGGGAUAUGCAAGGACUACAUCCGCAAUUACAGCUGCAUGUGCUCAGCUGGCUACGAGGGCAAGAACUGCGCCAUGGCUAAAAACGAAUGUCACCUGGAGAGGACCGACGGGUGCCAGCACUUCUGCCAUCCAGGGCUGUCCUCCUACGUGUGCAGCUGUGCAAAGGGCUACAAGCUGGGCACGGACCGCAAAUCAUGCAGUCCGAGUGACAAGUGUGCCUGUGGGGCCCUGACUUCCAAACACAUCAGGACACUGGAAAAAGACGGCCAGGAUCCACCUAGCUUCCCGUGGCAGGUCAAGUUAACAAAUUCCGAAGGAAAGGACUUCUGUGGUGGUGUUUUAAUCCAGGAGGACUUCGUGUUGACCACAGCAAAGUGCUCAUUACUACACAACAACAUUAGUGUCAAAGCAAAUGCUGGCCAGCGGAUUGGCAUCAAGAACACUCACGUGCACAUGCGCUAUGAUGAGGAGUCAGGGGAGAAUGACCUCUCACUGCUGGAACUAGAGAAACCCUUGCAUUGCCCCAGCUCAGGGCUCCCUGUCUGUGUCCCAGAGAGGGACUUUGCCGAGCAUGUCCUCAUCCCUGGAAGAGAGGGUCUCCUCAGCGGCUGGACACUCAAUGGCACCGACCUGGAUACCACACCCAUGAUGCUUCUGGUCACACAGGAGGAUGAGGAGGAAUGUGGACGGACCCUGAAUGUGACUGUCACAACAAGAACAAGCUGUGAGAAGGGCGGCGUGGUGACUGGGCCUUGGGUGGAGGGGAGUGUGGUCACCCGAGAACACAAGGGGACCUGGUUCCUCACGGGGAUCCUGGGUUUGCCGCCACCGGGGCGGUCACACGUGUUCCUCCUCACCACAGUCCCAAGAUACUCAAUGUGGUUUAAACAGAUCAUGAAGUAACUGAAAUCCAACAACG